GCCCAAUGCACUAACCCAGCCCAAGUUAGCUUUCACGACUAACCUAGGUCGUUCCCUUUCCCCAGCCUCCCCUUCUCCUCUCGAGCCCUCCCAUGCCGGCCGCCGCCGCUCGUCAGUCGUUGCCACUCCUUUGCGCGGCUGCGACCUACCUGCAUCCCUGCACGCCGCCCCUCACCACUCCCCUGUGAUCCUCUGUCCCGGCGCCGCUCCUCACCGCUGCCCUGCGACCCUCCGUCCUAGCGCGCCGCCCCUCGUCACCACCCCUGCAGCCCUGCAUCCCGGCGCGCCGCCCCUCGUCACCGCUCCCCUGCGACCAACGGUGAAUCCAAGGUACGGCCAUGAACAAGCACAGGUAACCGCAUCCCUCGUUCCACAUCUGUAGCCCCUCGCGGUACCAAUGCAUCAUCCACAUCUGUAGCCCCGUUCGUCCUCCUCCAGUGCUCCUCCUCCUAAUUGUUCUCCACUAUUCACGUGUCCUCCAUGUAAAACGAUCCAGGAAGCCUCUCCCUUUUUUUGCGAAUAGGAAUCCUCUCCCUGAUCCCUGCUCUGCAACCUUUUAAUAGUGGAUCCUUGUUAAGUUGGAGAGAACGAGAAGAAGAAGGAAGGGAGGUGGAACCAGUAGCGACAACGGGGAGACGGGAUCCAUUGCCAACGAUAAUAGGGGGAUGCUGCUUUGAAACAGGACGAAGCGAGGCGAGGAUACCUGCGUUACCGGUGACAUGUGCGGAGGCCCCGGUGUCGAGGUACCAGUCAGUGGCGCCGGGCUGCUGGAGGGUCAUCUGGUUGAGGGCGGAGUAGAGCGCGGCUGGAUCCCACGACGGCGGAUGCGACGGAGGCGCGGACGGCCCAGCGUACAUCAGGGGGUACGCCUGGUGCGGAGCGGUGGGACGAGGGCCGAGUACGCCCGCGGCGUUGGGAGGAACCCACGGCGCGCGAGCCGGCGGCGGGAAGGGUGCCCCCCACGGGGCGAAGUACCCCAGCCAAGGAGUUUGGCCGGCGCCGGCUGGAGGUGUGGCGUGCCCACGCCCGCCAGGGUGACCACGGCCGCGGCCACGGCCACGGCCACGCCCACGUCCGCGGUCGGGAUGCCCACCGCCCGAACCACUGCUGCCCCCGCGCUCCAUGGGGGCCUUGCCGCGGUCGGCGCUGGAGGGGCCACGGUCGCCGGAGGACCCGCGGUCGCCAGAGGAGGAGGAACCGCCACCGCCAAGGCCGAUGGAGAGGGCGGAGGAACCGUCGGAGCGGUCCCGGGCGUCCUGAGUGAGCUCCUCAAGAAGAAGCCGCGAACGGGCCUGAUUGAAGGUAGGGAACGGGGUUUGCAUCGGAAGUACGGUGGCGAUCACCUGGUAUCGGCGGGAGAGUCCACGCAAGAGCUGCAGCGUCAGGGUCCUGUCCUUGACGGGCUCGUCGACGUCCGCCAGGGCGUCCGCCAGCGCCUUGAGCCGCCCGCAAUAUUCCGCGACCCGCAGAUCGCCUUGGGUGAGCGCACGGAAUUCGGCGCUGAGAUGCACGGCUUGGGCGGGCUGGUUGGCGAGGAAGAAGUCACGGAUUUGGCUCCAGACGCGAUAGGCGGUGUUGUCCUCGCCGCGAACGACCUCGUACAGGGCGUCGGUGAUGGUGGAGUAGAGGAGCAGAAGGAGGGUCAGGUCUGUGUGGCGCCAUGCCGGUGUCUGCUGGUCGGGGUUGGAGUAGUGGUCGACGUGGCUGGCGACGGAGUACAUGGUGAGGAUGCAGCGCCAGAGUUCGCGCCACUUGGAGUAGCUGCCGGAUUGGACAUCCAGCUUGAAGGUGAUGAGGCUGCCGAUGUUAUUGAGGUUGUGGAUGGAGGGGAUGGCGGAGGAAGAUGAGGGAGCCGCAACGGGGAGGGUGGGUGGUGGUGCAAGAGGCAGCGUAGUCAUGGCGGCGGAAGGGGUUGUGAGCGGAGCGGAAGCUAAAGGGGUGAGGAGCCCAGAGGAGGGGAGAACCGGCGGCGGCGGAGGAGCAGUGGUGCUGGUGAGAUCGCCGGAGGAAGAGGAGUUGCCGGUGUCCAUGGUAGGCUCGCAGGAAGGAAGGCUCUGGUGCCAAGUUGAAUUAUGGAAAGCAAUGCGUGAUUCAUUCCAUUGCCCACGAAGGGGUUAUAUACCAUGUACAGAGAGUAACUGCCCGAGCUAUACGAGGGCAUGCACAACGUGCGAGUCGUGAGAGGAGUGGAUAGAGCGCCUAACUACGUAGGACUCGGUCCAUUAGUUACAUGAGAACGAACGGUCUUCCAACAUUAAUAUCCACUGCACCAGGACAUCCUUCCAAUUUCGCAUUCCAUGCCCAACCAAAACUGAAAUCCAAUGCAGCGGAAAAGGCGGUACAUCAAAGACAGUUUGUAUCUGAUUGGACAGCCCCUAUUGUUGGUGAAGUUGCCGAGAAGAGGAACUAUUGCAGGCUGGCCGCAGGUACAGAAGGAGCAAGAAGAGAACAUCUGAAGCUACGUACUACUUGGAUGGCUAAAUUUGUGCUAUACAAGCAAUUAGGUGAUUCAAUUCAGCGAAGGCGUGGUCGUACCUCUGCACAGCAAACUCAAGCACCACUUCUAAUAUUGUUGGAAAGUGGAUAAGUCGGUUUGGAGCAGUACACGAUUUGUUCAAUGUACUUCGCUAUGUUCCUUACAUGCAAAAGGUACGGGUUUGUUUACUUGAAAUGUUCUUUCAAUUUUAUCCUCACCCAGUGAUCCACAGCUUAAAAGCACAAACUACUCUGUUCAGAUGGAAUAUCUUUGAUAGUGUUAUUGCAGACUUGAAGGUAUAUGCAUCAGGAGGUCAAGGUGGCAGUGGCACCGUAACAGUAUUUAUUUGAAACUACACGCGAGAUCAAAAAAUGAUUCUAAGUUAACCUCUUUCCUCAUAUAUUUGUCUGCUUGGUUUGUUUUAAUGCCGUUCUUUUGUUAAAUUGAUGUACUAAAUAAUUAAGAACAUUUAUGGUGCUAGAACUUGCUUAGGAAGAGCUGUUAUGAAAUUAAGAUCUGGUUUUUGUAAUUCGCUGACUGAAUCCAUGAUACUAAACUGUAUGUUUGUUGUAGUUCAUAUAUAUGUUAUACAUACAUGUGCAGUUACUAGGCACGCAUUGUGAGUAGAUAAGUUGAGUCUCCAUUUAUUUCGUUAAGCACAAAAUAUGAUCUUGCAUACAUGUAUUUCCAUUCUCAUAUAAUGGAAAAUAUACUAAAGGAAAGACUCAUGCUGUAUGCUUCUGAUUCAUGUUGAAAGUGUGUAACCUGUUUUCCACAAUUCUUCCUUUUCACAUAAUAGGAAAAGGUCAGUAACAAAAAAAGGAAGCUCACUGAGCACAUCAUUACAGAUCACCUGACGAAAGCCCAGGCGAUGAAGAGGAUAAUCAAGUUGAGAGCCCCGACCGAGGACGUAUAAUGGCUGAAUGAACUUCUCAUCUGCGCUUUGGCUGCAUCCCGUGCCUCCAGGUGUGUAGGUAUUGGCUUCAUACUGUUCUAUUUUAUACACGCACGUACUGGACUAGAGGUUUGAUUUCUAGGACAAUAUCUUAUUUACUACUUUACACCUUUUUGCAUGAUGCAUGGAUGAGGAGCUCAUAUAAGUUUGGAGAGCAUGGAUCAUAUGAUUAGUUUCAGUGGGGCUAAGCUAAAAGAGGAUUAAUGAUGCUUACAAUACGUAUAUGCACAGCCACGCAUUUUUUGAUAUUGGUUCAAAAGAUAAAUGGAUGAUUAUAUGGGUAUGUGGCAAAUAUACUGAUGAUGAUAAUGAUGAUGAUUAUGAUGCUGGAUGCUUUCAAUUUUAGUUAAGUUGUAGGAAUGAUGUUCCUCUGUUAAGUUUUAGUUAAGUUGUAGUGAUGUUGAGGGAUGCUUUUGGUUUUCAUUUUGUUGUCAAGAAAAUAUUUAGAUUAUGCAUCACAUUUGGAUGAUGUUCCUCCUGUAAUAUCCACUGUUGUAAUCCAACAAUUUUAUAUAAUAUAUGAUUUCUUCCUCCUGUGAGUA